AUGAGCAAGCCUCGUGCUAAAUCAGGGAAGAAAUCCAAGUCACAUACCAACCCGCAUGCGAGAAAAUCAGCUAACCCCAAACAUGCUGAGAAAACGACCCAGCUUCAACAAGGCACCAGAUGGUCUCGUGCAGAGGAAUUGGAUCUGAUAGCGUACAACAUCAAUUGCGAUGUACUGCGAGAAGAGCUUCGAAAAGCUAAGCUCGAGAAAUGUACGCAACUCCUCGUGAUAGUGUUCAGUGCCGUUUUGUGUUUUGGUGACGGGACUGAUCGGGAAUGGUCCGAUUUUUCAAUAUCAAGUCAUUGGAUGUGA